AUGAAUACUGUACAAGAGGAAGAAAAUCAAAUUCAAGUUCGUUUUGUUACGCAACAAAAAGAGUAUGCUGUUACGGAUUCUGCUAUACUUGUUCCGACAAAGUUACGUCGUUAUGGUCUAUCCGAAAUAAUAAAUCACCUUCUAGGCUUUGAGAGGCCAGUUCCUUUCGAUUUUAUGAUAGAUAAUCAGUUUUUGAGAAUAAGCUUGGAAGAGUAUUUACAAACAAAAGAAUUAUCAACGGAAAAUAUUCUAACCAUUGAAUAUGUUGAGUCAAUGCUUCCUCCCACCUCAUUAUCAACUUUUCAACAUGAUGAUUGGAUAAGUGCAGUUAAUGGUCACAAUAAAAGUCUUUUCUUGACUGGCUCGUAUGAUAAUCAUGUUCGUAUAUUCAACACUUCUGGUGAAUGCUUGCAGACAUUGCUUGGACAUACAGCUCCAAUUAAAAGUGUAGCAUGGGUUUCUGUCACAGAUGAACAUGCUAUUUGUUUAUCUGCGUCACAGGAUCGUUCUAUUCGAGCUUGGCAGGUCUCGCUUACAGAUGGACAAUAUACCCCAUUGUAUGAUUGUAAAGGGCAUAAAGAAAGCGUAGAGUGUAUUUCCGUUAAUUCUUCUUGCACUGAGUUUGCAAGCGCGUCUUUGGAUUCUUCGAUUUUAUUAUGGACUACCACUCAACCGGAAGCAAAUGAAGAAAUUGAAAGAAAAAUGAAAAGAAGAAAAUUGAACAAAGAUAUUUUCGCCAAGGCACGACAUAAUAAAUCUAGAUUACGGAUAACUUCAUUAAACACAAUAUUUUUUCAGGCUCCAAUUGCGACAAUGCAAGGUCAUGUAGGUCCAAUAUCCUCUGUAGUGUUCGACAAAAAUGACUCAAAUAAAAUAUAUAGUGGAGGUUGGGAUCAUUCGAUACGAGUUUGGGACGUUGAAACGAGAACCAACAUUGAUACUAAGAUUUGUGACAAAACUGUUCUUGGCAUUGCCUGUUCAGACAAUUUAAUUGCAUCCGGACACUCUGACAAAAUAGUCCGAAUAUGGGAUCCACGAACAGAAGAAACUGCAAUGGUCAAAUUGACGCUUUCUUCGCACAAAAAUUGGGUAUCAUGUGUAUCCUGGUCACCGAAAUCACAGUUUAUGCUCGCCAGUGGGUCUUAUGAUGGUUCAGUGAAAAUCUGGGAUAUUCGUAGCAGGACACCUUUAUAUACAAUACAACAAAAUUCAAAUUCACAAGAAAACAAUUCUUCGGUGAAAAAAUUAUUUUGUAUCGAUUGGGAUCUUGAUAUGAUCUUAAGUGGCGGAGAGGAUAAUCAAUUGCACCUUUAUGGAACCAAAAAACUAGAUAUACACAAUCAAUAA